GGUCUCCAUUUUGGAAAAAAAAGUAAGAAGGGGGAAAAAAAACCCCUCCUCCCGUAAUUUACGGUAGGGGCGUGAAGAGGGUUGCGCUUUAAGCGACCGAGUGAAGUUUCUAAACAAAAAUAAUUGUUUUUUUUGUAUGUUUUAAGCCGGUGUGGAUUCACGUUUUUUGUGUCGAUAAAAUGGGAAAUUGCCACACCGUUGGACCGAACGAGGCCCUCGUCGUUUCAGGUGGCUGCUGUGGUUCGGAUCAGAAGACGUAUGUUGUGGGGGGCUGGGCUUGGGCCUGGUGGCUCAUCUCUGACAUCCAGAGAAUGUCUCUGGAGGUUAUGACCAUCCUCUGUCGCUGCGAGAAUAUCGAAACCUCGGAGGGUGUUCCCCUGGCUGUGACAGGGGUGGCUCAGGUGAAGGUGAUGACGGAAAACGAACUGCUGGGUUUCGCCUGUGAACAGUUCCUGGGAAAGUCCGUGAUAGAGAUCAAGAGCGUCAUCCUGCAGACCCUGGAGGGUCACUUGCGUGCCAUCCUUGGUACCCUCACAGUUGAACAGAUUUACCAGGACAGAGACAAGUUUGCGUCUCUGGUGAGGGAGGUGGCUGCUCCUGAUGUUGGCCGAAUGGGCAUCGAGAUCCUCAGCUUCACCAUCAAGGAUGUUUACGAUAAAGUGGAGUACCUGAGCUCCCUGGGGAAAACGCAGACAGCUGCAGUACAGAGGGACGCAGACAUCGGUGUGGCAGAGGCAGAGAGAGAUGCAGGCAUCAGGGAAGCUGAGUGUAAGAAGGAAAUGAUGGACGUCAAGUUCGUCGCAGACACAAAGAUGGCCGACUCCAAACGAGAGCUGGAGAUGCAGAAAGCCUCCUUCAACCAGGAAGUGAACACAAAGAAAGCUGAGGCUCAGCUGGCGUAUGAGCUUCAGGCGGCCAAGGAGCAGCAGAAGAUCCGUCUGGAGGAGAUUGAGAUCGAGGUGGUGCAGAGGAAGAAGCAGAUCACUAUCGAGGAGAAGGAGAUCGAUCGAACUGAAAAGGAGCUCAUUGCAACCGUGAGGAGACCUGCAGAGGCUGAAGCCUACAAGAUGCAACAGCUGGCCGAGGGACAGAAGAUGAAGAAGGUGCUGACGGCGCAGGCAGAAGCUGAGAAGAUCCGCUGCAUUGGUGAGGCUGAAGCAGCUUCUAUUGAAGCUGUGGGCAAAGCAGAGGCUGAGAAGAUGAGGCUGAAGGCUGACGCCUACCAGCAGUACGGAGAAGCUGCCAAGACGGCGCUGGUGCUGGACGCUCUGCCUAAGAUUGCCAGUAAGGUGGCUGCUCCUCUGGCCAAGACCAAUGAGAUCGUCAUCCUGAGUGGCGAAGGCAGCCGCGUGACCGGAGAGGUGAAUCGACUUCUAGCUGAACUCCCCGUCUCCGUCAACGCCCUGACUGGGAUAGAUCUGACCAAGAUCCCUCUGCUCCAGAAGAUGACCAGCCCACAAUGCCAAGCGGCUGUGUGAUGUAUGAGACAAUAAGGCCUCAAGGAUGAAGAGGCUUCUCAGUCAGAUAAUCCCUCGUUGCAACUGCCUUCAACCAGAAACACUUGACACCAACCAAGAGUUUUUUUUUUUUUUUUUUUAAACUAUUAAGUGAAUUUUAGUUUUGUAUAGGAAAAAGAAAUAUUCGCAUCAAGCUGUACCUAAGCUUGGUUUUAGUUCGUCCUUAUUCUCCUCAGCUAAGAUGCUGCUGUUUAUUCACUUCUACGUGGUAUCCAAAACAGAGCAGAGUGUGUUGUUUAAAGAUCCAGAGAUGUAUUGUAUAUUCCAGUCCAGAUUAGGGGCAGAUUCCUGCUGGAGUAAAAGACUUUCCAAGUCGGACGUUGUGACGCUGUUUCACCUCUGGAAGUUGUGCAGUGAUGCAGCUGCUGCCUCUUCCUGUCUGUCGUAACGGAUGAGUUCCUAGCUCUGACUGAUCUUUUCCACCUCCUCUGAGUGUAGCUGUAAGAAUCAGCUGUAUGAUGAUCCUCCUUAUCAUGUUGCCCGUCUGUUUCCAAUGUCCAGUGCCUGUUCAAACCUUCAUGCACUAAUUUGGAUUUAUGCCUGUUGAACACGGAUGGAGUUUAUUCUCUUUCAAACAUGGCUACAGUAAAUCUGGUGGGUUUUUUUUGUUUGUUUGUUUUUUCACUUUCAUCACACGUUUGAACACAUUUGCACCUGCAAAGCGAGAAGAAAGCCAUACAUAGCCUUAAAGGAGACCCUGGAUCUCAGCUGGGGCUGCUGAAACCUUUUCUAUUACCUCAAGUAGCAAAAUGUUAGGCUGCCAUUUUAUUUCUCCUCUCUGUUCGUCUUCUUUGUUCCCCCCGCUUCGAAGCGGCGUUUGCAUCAUGAGCAAUCACAUCGUGAACCCCGCGCUCAUCCUCUUCCGUCCACGCUGACAAAGCAGAAAUGAAAUGUGACGAGUUGGAAAACAAGCAUGUGAUCAGUUUGGCAAUACUUCACAUGACAUCUGUGCUUUGUUGCUCGAUGGAUCUGAUGAAUGACAGAGUUUGAGCAGCUGGACCCGUAACUAUGAAGCAUGAUUUGUAGAGAAAAAGUUUCGGUAUGAAGAAGCAGAAUAUGAAUCUCCUCCGAUCCAGUUCUUAUUAUUAUGUCAGACCGUAGCGAUUGUGAUAUAAAUGUUCUGGUUUUAAUACCGUAAAGAUUAUAGUCAGGUUGAUGUUUUCUGAAGGGUUGGCUGAAACUGAAAGGGAGGGUUGCUUGUAAUUGUUACAUAAUGUCAGAAAUCUAAAACUUUGUAAUCAUCUGUGUUGUCCAGCAUACUGUGAAUGUUUGGCCUGCCUUUUAUUAUUGUCGUUUAUUUUUUUAGUAAACAGCUGAUAAACCACUUUGUGAGGAGCUUAACGACGACUUUCCGAGUCUGUGACCAUAAACAUUUUCUUACAUUCUGCCUCUGACUUUUAAUUUUUCCGUUUGUAUUUUUUGUGAAGUUUUAAAACCCUUUCUUUUGUAUUUGUUUUCUAAAAUGCUCUUCGCGUGCUAGCUUGUCGCGUUAUCCUCUAUCGUUUGUGUCGGCCAGUGCGGUUACUUUUAGCCGUUCCCAGGAAGAGAGUCAUUCCGACUGGAUCGUUUUCCUUGUCAGUGAGAAUCAUUCAAAGACUCUGAUGUCACUCGGCUGCUCAUUAAAUAAUUGGCAGCUCUCCCCCUAUCAUUCUUAGGUCACAUUAUGUCUCACUGAUUUCAAACAGUCACACUUUUUAUGUUAAAGGUUGUAUAAAAAAAAAUACGUAGAUAUAUUAUAAUCUCACCUAUAUUUGUCAUAAUUCUGAACUUUUGUGCAGCAACGACGCACAUUUUCACUAAACAGAAACUCUUUGUGAUACUUGUUUAAAUUUGGGAAAUUAGAUUUCCUUAGUGCCUUUGUUAAAGUAACAAGCUCUGUGCAGGUUAUCACCUCAGAGUAGUGACACAAUCUUUGUUAAAAAUGUGCUUUCGCCUAAUCUUGUAGAUAAAAAUGAACUUGAAUAUAUAGCUGCAUUGUUAUUAAAUAAGUCUAUAUACGUAAAAGGUUUUUAUUUUGAAACUUUUGACCUCAUCAGUUGUUUUGGCCAUCAUAUUUGUGCCAAAGAAUGCAAAAUCUAUUGACUAAUCAGAUGCAACUUCUUGUGGCUAGCAUUUGAGAAAUAAAUAAAAAAGAAAAAAAACCAUUUUCAACCUAUGCCUUAACUCUCAUCUUUGUGUGAAACACGUCUGUUGCAAUCUCUUCUCUCUGUUGAUGUUUUCGUUCAGUUUUAUUUCAUGGCUUCUCGUGUACCGAUGACUGUAAGGAGAAGCCGCGCAGCAUGGAGGAUGAAGCAUGUGUUCAUGUUAUUCUGUGUUGUGUCACUCUAAUAUAAAGUUAUAUCACCUUCA